UCCUCCCCUAGAAAUGAAAUGAAAAUCCCUCUCUCGCGUUUCGCGCCCCGGACCUUUCUCACUCCUCCAGAACGAACUCCUCUCGUCAGGAUCGCUCGCGACGGAACGCGUUGCCUCGUCUCCGAAACCGAACGGUUCGUCGCGCGGGUACGUUCCUGAUGCCUUUUUCCGUAACUCGAGUCCCUUCAUGAGCCGCGGCCCCGGACGCGGUUUCGCUCCCUCCGCCGGCGACGCCGGCGACGUCGGCGAAGACGUCCGGCACCGAUCCGUGCCGGAGCUCCUCGCUUCCCUGCGAUCGUCGGCGUCCGGGCCCGUCGCCUUCGAGGGAGUGCGGAAGGUCCUGGAGGUCAUGCAGAGGAGGUCGAGCCGCGAGAUCGAGCGGCUGAGGAGCGAGAACGAGUCGUUUCGGAACGAGCUCGAGCGCCUGAAUUCGGAGAGAUUGCGCCUCGAGGGCGAGGUGCGGAAAUGCAGGACGGAUGGGGAUGAGUCGGCGGAGGCCGAGAGACCUGCCGGAAUCGCCGAGGGUGUAUAUGGCGUUCGUGCGGAGAGAGGGGGAGAGGAGGAGGAGGAGGAGGAGGAGGAGGAGCGAGCUUGGAGGAGAUAUACGAUGAGCUGAGGAGGAAGAAUGAGGAAUUGGAGGGCGAGAAGAGGGAGCUGGAGAGUUGGCUUCAGGUUUGGCGGAAGAAAUACGAGGAAUUGGACAAGUUGCAGCUAGAAAGAGACGCUUCGGUGCUGAAAAAUGAGGAGCGAUGCAUUUUGGGUGGGAGAGAGGGGGAAUCGGCGGUUCUGGGAGAGACCGAUGGCUUAAUCAAUGUGGAUGUGUGUGGCGAUAGUGGCGAUAGUGGCUGUGCUCGGCGUGGACAUGAUUCUAAGGAUGGCGGAACUGUCUCCUUCGCGCGCAAUGCGAGGAAGAAGCUGGGUUUUGGCGCAGGUGCUUGCUUGUCGCCCUCAGCAGGUUCAACUCGUAAAUCUCCAGUGAAAAAGGAUGGAGUUUUACAGGGUGAUGGAAGUUUCCUAUUUGUUGAGGUAAGUGAUAAUGCCGACAAUUGCAGUAGGCCAUCAGGAGAUAAACAUCCUGGUAGAAGAAAUGAUGAGAAGGGGAACAGAGAGCUCAAAGGGAAAAGAGGUCCCCUUCCUACUGUUCUUGGUGAAACGUGUACCCAAACUUUGCGUGAUAUGGCAGUUGCCCUCAAACAAUGUAAACGGAAAAGAAUCAAAGAGAAAGACUCUGAUAACAGCUUGAGUAAGUCCACCAGGGUCAAUCCUAUUAAGCAUGAAAGUGGGGCUGGUUCAAAGUCAGAUUAUGGAAGUUCUGAGCAGAAAAGAAUCAAAGAAAGAGACUCUGACGACAGCUUGAGUAAGUCUACUGGGGUCAAUCCUAUUAAGCAUAAAAACAGGGCUGGUUCGGCAUCUGCUAAGUCAGAUUCUGAAAGUUCUGAUCAGAAAAGAAUCAAAGAAAAAGACUCUGAUAAUAGCUUGAGUAAGUCUACUGGGGUCAAUCUAAUUAAGCAUGAAAACAGGGCUGCUUCAGCAUCUGCUAAGUCAGACUAUGGAAGUUCUUUGCACAAAGAACGUUGGAAUUCUGAGGCCGAUAUGCUUUUGGAUUUCACCCAAGAUGAUGAGCUGUGCAUGAAGGCCGUUUGCGCACUUUAUAGAUGGCAAAGAUCAAAGUCAAUGCAGAGGAGUGCCUGUGGGGGCUUCAAUGACCUCCUUUCACCAAGGGAAAACUCUCUGGCUGAGUUUCUGAUGGGUGGAGAUCCAGAGGGUAAGCUGAAAAAAUCUGUCAUGAAUUUGCGUGAUCACUGCCCAGAGGGCCCGAUUCUCUGCAGGAGUGCAGCUACCAUACACUUCAAGCAGUUAUUUGUAAUCUACCGAAUGAAAGAGGAUCCCUUUUUCCCAUCCUCAUAGCAUGUGAUAUAAAUCCUCAAAUAUUUGGGAUCAUGAUGCCAGGAAGAGCUGCAGUUGUUGAAGGGCUUUUGCUCGUAUUUAGUCAGCAGGUCUUGUGUUUUUGUAGCCUUUUGCCUUUACCUACUUGUGCCAUUGCCUGCUAUUUGCAGCUUGUGCCAGUUAGGUGCGCACAAAUUUUUUUCCUCGUCUUUUUGUCAGGUUCUAGAACCUGGUGUGCAUAGAUCAGCCAUCUUGGAUCUGGAUUGUAAAUUAUCAAGGAUAGAGCUGUUAGAUCUUUUUGCAAGCUGUCCCUCUUCAUCUGUGCUUGUCCGUUGCGGUCAAUUCCUCUUCACCAACCAUUUUUGUUCCGUCAACUCAGAUUGGUAA